GAGCGCCAUAGCCACCGUAGUCCUGGCGACUGUUACCCCGUCAAACAACAACUUACGCCACAAAGGGCUCCUGGAUGCUACACUUGGUCAAAUGCAGUCUUGAUGACUCGCCUUGCCUCUGGAAGUCAACUCUUUGGUGCAUGUUCAGACUAAGACUGUGAUGAGGUAUGGAACCAAGUGGUCCUGGCAAAACCCAAACUUUGCAUUGUGGACAAGGUGGAGAGUUCCAUUUAACACUACCACCUGCAGAGGUUGGUAUGGCAACACAGGCCUAUGUUACAGAACUCCCGCCAGCUCAACAACAGCAGCCGCAACAGUCACAGCAGCAACAGCAACAACCAAACCAGCAACAGUAUGUUACAGACUUGCAGACUGGUGCACAGGCAUCACAGCAGCAACAGCAACAGCAGCAGCAGCAAGCAACACCAUCCCAAAAACAGUAUGUCAGUGAGCUACAGGUAUCGCAACAACAGCAGCAGCCGCCACCUUCUACUCAGCUCUCACCGGUGACAGCACCACAGCAGUACAUCGUGGUUACAGUAUCAGAAGCAAACAUGAGGCCAUCAGAGACGGGCUCAGAUUCCAGUUCCUCUUCUGCUGGGGCACAGUCUGGAGUGCCAACGCAGGUGGUACAACAGGUUCAGGCAUCACAGCAGAGGCUUCUAGUACAGAAUGCUGUGCAGUCGAAAGUGGACCAGUUCCCGCAGCUCCAGCUGCCGGGAGUCCAGCAGGUAGCUGUAAUGCACCAGAGAUCUGUUGUACAAACAACACCACAGGCUGCUAAAACCAGCCAAGUUCAACAGUUAUCAGUACAAGCCCUACAACAAGUUCAUGUUUCUCAGGAGGUUCAACAGUUACAACAGGUGCCAGUGCAGCCUGUUCAGCAUGUCUACUCGAACCAGGUGCAGUAUGUAGAAGGGGGUGAUGCCAGCUAUACAGCAAGCACAAUACGUUCAAACAACUACCCUUAUUCAGAAACUCAGCUGUACAGCCAGAACACAGGCGGGAGUUACUAUGAAUCUCAGGGGACGCCAAACCAGGUUGCCACACCGGUGACUUCGCAGAACGUGGUCAGUAGUGGAACGGUGCCAAUGUAUGUCACGGGAGGGCAGAUUGUGGCCAAUCCAGGAGGAGGGACCUAUGUCAUCCAGGGAGGUUACAUGCUGGGGAGCUCCAGUCAGUCUUACAGUCACACCAUGCGUGCCUCUCCAGCCACAGUUCAGUGGUUGUUGGAUAACUAUGAAACAGCAGAAGGAGUGAGCUUGCCCCGAAGCACUUUGUACUGUCACUACCUUCUACACUGUCAGGAGCAGAAACUAGAGCCAGUGAAUGCGGCCUCAUUUGGCAAACUGAUACGAUCAGUAUUCAUGGGACUCCGGACCCGGAGACUUGGCACAAGGGGAAAUUCGAAGUAUCAUUAUUAUGGGCUUCGCAUUAAAGCAAACUCACCAUUAAUUCGACUGAUAGAGGAUCAACAGCACUUAGCCAUAAGGCAACAACCAUUCACGCAGAAGCAGAGUCCGUUUUCUCCAUGUUACAGACUCAAGCCAAUCCAGAAGGUGGAAGGGAUGACAAAUGGUAUGGGAGUUGGACAACAGCAGGCUAGUGGCCUGUCAGAUAUCAGUGCUCAGGUGCAACAGUAUCAACAGUUCUUGGAUGCCUCUCGGGCUCUACCAGAGUUUGUUGAAAUUGGCUUACAGGGAAAGACAUUACCAGAUGGUAUCACUAUUGAACACAUCAAAGCUUUCCAGCACCUUUAUCGGGAGCACUGUGAGGCAAUAUUGGAUGUGAUGGUAAACCUACAGUUUACAUUAGUUGAAACCUUGUGGAAGACAUUUUGGCGAUACAAUUCUUCCCAGUCUAGUGAUGGCUCAGCAUUAUCAGUUCAUGAUGAAGCUGAGAAACGUCUCCCCAAAUCAUGCCUUGUUGUACUUUGUAAGUAUGAGCCCUCCCUGAAGUGGACGAAAUACUGUGAUAACAUGCUUUACCAAGGUCUUGUGGAGAUCCUUAUCCCAGAUGUCUUACGGCCUAUCCCGAGUGCCUUGACUCAAGCAAUUCGGAAUUUUGCAAAAAGUUUGGAAAGUUGGUUAACCAAUGCUAUGAUGAAUGUGCCUGAAGAAAUGGUUCGUGUGAAGGUGGCAGCAGCAAGUGCCUUUGCACAGACUUUGAGACGCUACACGUCGCUGAACCAUCUUGCUCAGGCAGCCCGUGCUGUACUGCAGAAUACUGCACAGAUUAACCAGAUGCUGAGUGAUCUAAACCGAGUAGAUUUUGCAAAUGUUCAGGAGCAGGCCUCAUGGGUGUGUCGUUGUGAGGAUGGUGUAGUGCAAAGGCUGGAGCAGGACUUUAAGAUGACUUUGCAGCAGCAGAAUUCCCUGGAGCAAUGGGCAUCUUGGUUAGAUGGUGUGGUGACCCAGGUCCUCAAACCCUAUCAUGGUUGCCCCAGUUUUCCCAAAGCAGCCAAACAAUUCCUGCUCAAAUGGUCUUUCUACAGUUCAAUGGUGAUUCGGGAUUUGACUUUAAGGAGUGCAGCAAGUUUUGGGUCUUUUCAUCUCAUUCGCCUUCUAUAUGACGAAUACAUGUACUAUUUGAUAGAACACCGAGUGGCUCAGGCAAAGGGAGAAACACCCAUUGCUGUCAUGGGUGAGUUUGCUGAUCUUGGACGUGCUUUAAACCCUCUAGACCCUGACAAAGAUGAAGAUGAAGAGGAAGAAGAAAGUGAUGAUGACAGCCAGCAAGAAAUUCCAAUGGACAAUGAGCCCACAUUAGUUACAGACUCCAUGGAGCCACCAGCCAAAUUGUCACGGACAGACUCAAGAGGAGUGUUCGUCCAAGCACCACCAACCAACUGAAAAUAAAAUGUAGGAUGUAAAAGAAAAACUUUUGCUUGAGUUUAACAACAUUAACUCCAUCCAUGGCAUCUGAUAGUCUCUGCAUAGAAAGUCAUUGUCUAUAAGUUAUCACAAAUCUCAAAUCUCUACCAAAAUUAUUUUAGUUCAACAUUUAUUUAUGAGUUGUAUUUAAGAGAUUUUUAAAAAUGUUCCACUAGGAGUAGAGUACAUCAGUUAAAUGGCUGCUGUAACAUAAAUUACUAAUUUCAAAAACACUCAGAUUAUAGAUUAUACGAAAGCUAAAACUUUACUGAGCUCAGUAUUUGCUGGUUGGGAACAUCAAUAACAUUGAAUAAAACAAAAGGGAAAAUUCAAAAUCCCACACAAAUUCCAAAAGCAAACAUUGAGAUUCACUCAAAACGAAUGAGAUGCACUAAGAAGUGCAUUCCCAAAUACUGCUCAACUAUAGGAACCACAGUGUUUGGUGUUUCUAAUACACCCUUAGAAUAAAUUUUGAAAUCUUAUGGAUUGUUGGGUCCGUUUCCAUAGGUUGCUUCUAAUUGCAAGCUGCUUGAUUGCACAAGUAACUUAAUCCAACUAAAAUAAUCAACAGUGAACCUGCUGUCAGAUAAAAGAAGGUUGAACAGAGAACACGGGAAUUCAAUUACUAAGACACAACUCCUCCAUGAUUGAUGUACUUGCUGGUACUUUCAGAAUGCUGAACAGUCCUUUUGUAAGUCAAUCUAGGAGCAGGUCUUUUUAUUAUUUGAAUGCAUUUUGUUCAAUUUUAAAGUGCUGUGUAUCAGACUUGUUAAAAGACUGUACAGCUUUCUUAUGGUGACCAGGUGGUUUGCGUAACAGAAAAACAGACUUCAAGGUUGCUUUUGUUUAACUUUCACACAGGUGAUUUGAUUAAUCUUUUUUUUUACUUAUUUAUCUUCACUGUUCAUAGAAUAAUGCUGUGUCAAGUGAAAUCUUUCAAAAAGAUACAUGUUUUCACAUUGCUGCUUUGUCCUUUGAAUUUGAGACCCUUCUAAUGUAGCUUGCUUACUGCUGGUAAGCUUUAAGAUAUACUCCUUGCAUAGAGCACAAUAAGGCAGUAUCUCAAAAUGGGAAAUAAUUGUUUAAAUACAAAAAAGAGAAAAAUCUGCAGAUGCUGGAAAUCAAAGUAAUACACAGAAAAUGCUGGAGGAAGUCAGCAAGCCAGGCAGCAUCUAUGGAAAAGAGCAAACAGUUGAUGUUUUGGGCCAAGACCUUUUAUCAGGACUCAUGAAACAUCGACUCUUAUUCUUUUCCAUAGCUGCUGCCUGGCCUGCUGACUUCCUCCAGCAUUUUGUGAAUAAUUGUUUAGAAUUGAUUUGCCUUCUGUUUUCUUACCUUUAUAUGAGAAAAUGCUUGUUUUGUUUUCCACUCAGCUAGCCAGAGAUUACCCCUUUUUAAUUUAAACAAUUGAUUUUAAGUUCAGUAAUAUCCCGUUACCUGGGUUGGUUGCAAUAAUACAAAAUAGGGGUAUGAGAGAAUUAAAAGUACAAAGUAAUCUGAAAGCUUUCAUUUUAUACAUUACAUGAGAAUAUGUAUCUAGAGAGAGAACCUAUGGGGCAAGUUUUCUGAUAUUGUUAGGCAUGUUACAUACUUUAAAUUGCAAAUUAAAGCAUUUAUGGCACAUUUUAUCCACUGUACAGCCAGAGAGUAAUGUAAGAGGACAGGAGAGAGGAAAAAUAAUCAGAGUGCCAUUUUGUUUGAUUGUAACUUUGCCAAUGACAUAAGUUAGAAGGUAAAUAGCAAAAUUUACACCAGUACCAAUUUACUGAUCUAUUAAAAUAUGAUCAGGAGCUGCUGCAUGUACUGUUUUUUUUAGAUGUUAUUUCAUUUCUUUUAAAUUUUAUGAUGUCAUUAAUGGAAUUUCCAUAGUUAUAAUGAUUUGUUCUGUUCUGUUUGGCUAUCCCAUAGAACAUUGCUGUAAAAAAAGGAAUACAGUAGAGAAUUAGAUUGUUAGCUCUGCAUUCAGUUGCCUUCUUUGUCAUAGUAUGAUAACUUCUGCUCUGCUGGACGUAAGCUAUGUCCUGUAUAUCAGUUGUGAGCUUGUAGGCAAUCAUUAUGACAGACUUCAACUUCGUCUUCAACUUCAAUGAAACAGAUUUAAUUUAAUAAAGAUUACGAUAGUAUUAGCUGAAUUUAUAUCAACUGGAAACAUUAAUGUCUUCAAAUUACCCACAAUAUAUAUUGAAGACUAUUACAACAAAGCAGAAUAAUGUUAAGAGGUAUAAUUGGAGUUCAAGGCUACAAAUCUGAGCUUGCAUAGAUCCUUCUUCAUAUGUUUGUCUGUGCCCGAAAUUUGGUUCAGCUUUUUUGGAAGAGCAUGGUGUGAUGAUGCAGCAAGUUGUCCUGUGUACUUGGAUACAUCCCAGUGAAUUAGGAAGCAAAAAGAAAUGUAUUGUGAUGAGCCUUCAGCAUGUUGUUUACCAAGAUUCAUGGUUCAUUCGGAUCAUCGUAUGAUCUAUGAAGAUUGGCUAAAAUAGAUGCCAUGUAUUCACUAUCAACUGAACUGUCCUUAUAGUUCAAAGCAUUUACUGUUUUUUAGCAUUACAGCUUAUUUGGAAGGAAACCAAAACACACUUUCUUCUUGGAAAUAGAACCAGAAAACGCUGUGAACACACAGCAGCAUCUGUAAAGCAUUUUUUUGUUUUUGUACAUCUGCCCAAUAUAUGCCUGAUCCAAUAGACGUCCUCUUACUUGUUUACUUUGCACGCUUUUCCAUAUCUCACCCUGCACUGCCAGGUCUUGUAGUUAAUGUUAUUUUUAACGUUUUUUUGUUUCUUCAUCAACUAUUAAACCAUAAACAAUGGAAAGGAAAUGAUCCCAGUCCCAUGUUUUACAGUCACAUAGAACAUUCACAUGCACUGUGCCUAGAUCAGUGCUUUAAGGACUAAAUUAUAGUAAAACUUGAUAGUUCUUAAAGGAAUGGAAAAUUUCAGGAGCAGCAGAAGAACUGUAACGUGUACUUGAAUCUUGAUUAACUUCUUAAAAAGAGAUUUUACUAUAGUUUGUAGCGAUGGUUCUUUUUAAAAUCCAUACAAAAUGUCAUCUUUUGAAAUUCACUUAUUCAUUUAUUUUUAUUCAGUUAUAGGGUGGGAUUGGAAUUUAAAUCGUGCUUGGUGUCAGAAUCAAGAUUAAAACUUCAUUUUAGUAGCACUGUCCUAAAUUAGUUCUUGCAGUAUGAUGAAUCAAGAGAGUUAUUUGUUGUUUUGCACAUUAUUUUAAUAUUUUUGCUGAUGGUAUUUUUAUUUGUGAUCCUCUGGAUAUUAGUUGAGGAGGAUGAGCUUUGAGGGUUUAGGCUAUCUUAUUUUUCCUUACCCUUAUGUUAAUUGUCUUUUUCAUCAGCACUUUGGAGGUCACAGAAACAUUGCCUUUUAUUUAAAGUUUGGUGUCCCUCCUCCUCUGACGGGUAACCAUCUGGUGAUGACAUUUAACAAGAUCCAUGCAGGAAUCAUAGACGUUCUAGGACUAGAGCAAUUCUAUUAAACGCAGCAAGGAUAGAUAGAGUUUUAGGUCUGCUUGACAGCUUUUCACUAAGCAUUCAUGUGUCCCACUCAGAAUGGUUAAGUGGAGUGAACAACUUGUGGAAUGCUUAGAAGUUCUAAUGGAAGUAGAAAACUCCAUUCAAGAAAAGGGAAAUAACAGGUGCAACCAAAAAAAAAGACACAUUUGCCAUUUCUGUUUUAAAUUAGCUCUACCCACUAAAGGUUGUUUCAACUUCAAGCUGUUUUACUGAUUGAACAGGAGUAGAUCUGUGAUGUUCCAAAGUAGAAGUCCUACUACUUGUGCCAUAAGAUCUGUAUCCUGAAAGUAUGCUUUGCAUGACCGGAAAAUUAGGUGAUACUACAUUUGGACAUGCUGAUGCUUUCUUUAUACUCUUCCUAAUCUUGCUUACCUGAGCUUAAUACUAAAUAGUGCUAAUAUUUAAUAUUGCAGUGAAGUAGUUUCCUUUACCAAAAGGAACUAAGAGUUGAUUUUAUUUUGGCUUGUCAUAACUGGUAGUUUAAUUUCUGUUAAUAUCACUAUGUUGCCAACGAGUAAUGAGUUUACACAUAACUACUACCUUGCAUCUCAUUUGUGGACAGCCUUGUUUUUGGUUCGAGGAAAAUGACAGCUUCUUAAUAUGGGUUUUCAUUACAAAGAAAAUAAAACAAACUGCAAAUGUAAUGAAUGGAUUUUAAUUUGUUUAAUUUCACUAUUUCCUGAAUUUUUAAUUAGAAUCCAGAGAUUUCCAUUAUGCAAUGCUGUCAUUCCCCUCUGCUAAAAGCAUAAAUAUAUGGAUUUGAUGAGGGAAGAGAAUAAAAUUGGUCACUGUUAGCAGGAGAAGCAACUGUGUUGUGAUUAGAGGAUACUUUUUUGAACUAAUGAAAAGGAAUUACAAACAGAUAUAAACACCAAGUCAUUUACUAGUGAAAUCCAACAUUUAUUAAAAUUUAUACUAAAAAAGAUUACCAAAGAUUAUUUUACAUAUUUAAUAACUUGCACAUUGACAGUGAGGACACUCUGCUAAGUUUGAUUUCCUGAACAAGAAAACCAUUGCAUAGCAAAGACAAACAUUAAACCAUGCACUAGAAUUCCUAGGCAUUGCCCUUUAUCAUUUAGGAUAAUUCCCUCUGAUUGUUCCCACUGUAGAAAAUUCCUUCUGAUCUCUCCUCACUGAAGAAAAUUCAUUCCUUGCCAUGAUGCUCUGCUAUGAUAAAAUUCCUAAAAUUACAGAAAAAUAAAGUAGAAAAGUCUGAGUAUGUUUCCUUUGACUGGUCAGGAGAGCAGAACUGGUUAUGGAUGUAUAGUUCAUAUACCUAUGUUUAUGUAACUCUUCAUUUACAUAUUCAUAAUGUUAACCAGAUUACAAGAACACCUAUUCAAGGCGGUGGGUUUGUUUCUUAGUCACCAAGUUGGGUUUGUGGGGCAAGGUAAGUGUAGUGGAGAGAGAGGAGUUAGUUAUCCACCUGAUUUGGGACAACCGAAUUAUACCUUUGGAUACCAUGGCAGAGCCUUCCAAGUGAUUGGAGUAGCGUGUUGGUGGUGUAAAUAAGCUUGUGCAGUAUGCAACAAUACCCAAGAAAGGGCAGAACAUGAAAUAGCUUUCAAAGAACCCAGAAAUAACCUGGUUUCAAAAGCUCUAAUGAAAGGCAUGAGGCGCAGCCCUCUUCCAUUGCCAGUUUCCCAGAAGCGAAUUAGAGUUAAUAUGAUUGUUAAAGUUGUCAGCACUUUUCAACUAGUAUACUGUCAGUAAUCAGUUAUCAGUAAAACUGUCUUUUACUCUGGAGUAUUUUUCUGUUAUGCCUCACUCCAAACCAACCAUUAAUGUUACAAUAACUGCACACUUUCUUAACAGCUUAACUUGGCAGUCUCAUUAUCAAUGUGACUGGCCUGAACUGAAAUUCCUCAUUGAGCUUUAAAAGACAACAACCCCAAAUUGGAAUAGUAGUAGUUGUCUUGUUUGGUAAUUAACUUAAUGCUAAUUAGAUCACUUUUAAUGUUUUUAUAGGUCUAUCCUUCAGAUAUCCCUUGUGAGGAAAGGAAAACAUGCUAGGUACAUUUGAGAACACAAGAGGAAUAGCUAAUGUGUAUACAUCAAAAUAAUAGAUGGCCAUAGUUAUUGCUUAGUCCAAUGGUGACCACUAUCUAACAACCAAGCAUACAGGAUAACCAAUUCAUGCACUGUCACUCCCGAGUCAGUUUGGGCUUGUUUUCCUACACUGCUUUUACCAGACAUUAAGUUGUCUCCCUAGUCAGCAAGAACUAGCAUUAAUAAUGGAGGAAGUUUGGCCGGGCAAGAGAGGAGGCCUAAAUGUUUAAUUAUUCCAUAUUGUUGGGCAAAGGAUGAUCUUUCCUUUGCUUUCUAAAUUCCAAUUUGACAGCCCAAACUAAACGAGUUGGACCAUGUAAUCACUGGUUACCCUGGGAUCUCAUACUUGCAGCUAGUGUGUGCCAGCUGUUGGUCAUAUCAGUCAAGACUUUCAUAGCCAGAGAAGGCCCUGUGUGCUAAAUUAGUGUAAAUUGAAUUUUGUAUCAGCAACAUUUUAGAAGUAAUAAAAUAGCAUUUUUUCUAGAAAGUACUGAAACAGUUUAUAUCUUAAAACUCACAGAUUAAUUUGACAUUUCUCAAAAGGGAAUUAUACAAUUACAAUUGCAGUACAAAUUAGAAAUACAAAUACAAUACAGUUAAGCUUGCACAUUAAAGGAAGCAGUUUUGCAGAUCACUUACUUUGUUUGGCUCAGCUGGUCAAAAGGAAAUACCAUUUGUGAGUGAGUUGUUUGUGACUUGUAAAGUCAGCCUUGGACAGGUGUACUUUCUGUGAGCUGCAUAUGAACAGUAGCUGAAACAUCCCUCUUCCCUUCAAAAUGGUUAAAAACAACAUAAUAAGCAAAACAAGCGAAUAGGAGAAGCAAACGCUCCAUUGUACCUGCACUGUCGUAAUGGGGUAAAAUCCUACUUUUCAACCAGAGGACCAUAACUCUUAAAUAUAUAUAUUGGUAUGGUUAUUUCAUUACUUUAUUCAAAUGAUCAAAAAACUCAAAUUCUUUAACCUGAAAAAUAGUGAACGAUAGAAUGUAUUGUACAGAAUUGUCAUCUGGUUCAUGAUCCAUUGAUUUAUUCAGAUCUAAUGCCAGGUUAUUUUAAUAUUCCAUGUUCAUAAUUAUGAAAAUAGUAAUGCCUUUCCAAAUCCUUUUUCAGCCAAGCAGAUAGGAUAGGAUCAUAAUUACAAUCUAUAUACUUCUAGUCCACGGUUCUUUACAUAUUAUCUUGACCCAACAAUUGGCAUUCCCCUCCCAAUGAAACUGGCAGAAUUAAUUGUCUGAAGAUUGAACUUGUAAGCACAAGGUUUGUAAAUGACCAAUGUGUGGAAUUUCUGUGGAACUACUUCCACUCUGGCAAUGUCAUUUGGCUGGGUGUAGAAUGUAAUUAUAUACUUGCAUACAAACAGGAUUUCUGAUUUACUUCCAACAAAGUUACAGUUGUAGAAUGAGGUAAACUCUGGAAGGAAAAAUAUCCAAAUCCGGGUGUUGAUCCAUAAAACACGUCUCCUAAAUAUUGGACUCCAAUUAUACACCAUUAAAUUCAAGCAUUGUCUGUUCUUGGGCAAGUUUUAGUAUCUUGCAGUAACAUAUUUAUAUUUAGGGGAUUGUCAUAUGAACCUAAAUUUUGAAUAAUUAUUUGAGAAAAGAACAUUGCUACAUCUUUUUGUUUUUUGCCAUUUCUUACCAAUUUUGUAAAACUGCAUUUUGAUCCUGAGAGGAAUCUUACCUCUGUUGUGAGGUGUGUAUUCUCUCAACUUUUUUCUGCACUGCAGAACUUAGCUGAUGCAUCAUAGUUCAAGUACAUUGGAGAAUGUCUAAAGAAUACAACCUCAAACUAAGAUAAGUGCCUCUGUCAAACCACUCGUAGAUAUGUUUGUACAAAGAUGAUGCACAAGACUUGUGACUAUUCUCUCUUCACCAAUAAUGUGGCACCAAUUUAGUUUCCUUCGCACCUUUCUGGCCAACAUGAUGAGUCUGACAGCAGAGUAGUUUGUUGCCUUUCAUUAACACUUAAUAUUAACUUAAAAUCAUUUGUAGGAUUUUUGUUUUACUUUUUCUUCCAAAUAAAGACUGUGUGAUGUGAUUAAUGUAUUUUGCAGUUAAUUGAGGCAUUUGUAAUAUAUUUGUUGUACCAGUUUGUAACUCCAAAUUACAUAUAGUUUUGAAAAACAAAACAAUCUGUGCUUUUGUACGUAAUUAUAAUCUUUAUUACACAUUGCAUUAAUAUUGGGUGAAUUGUGAGAAGAAAAUGAUUAUUUGAUAUAUUUGUUUCUGAACCAUUACGGCCUUAUAUGUUGGAACUUUAGUCUUGAGAUACAUCUGUGACAUAUAGUUGUACACCGUUCUGUAUCGAGAAAGUAAAUAUUGUAUUUUGUAUAAACAAGAAAUGCUUAGUUUUGUUGUAAACUGGGUACGUUGAUCAGCUUUGCUGAACUAUGGACCCUGAGAGAAGGAAGCAGUGUUUGAGACUGCGUUGUUUAAUGUUGUAAUUCAGCUUGGGGUGACAUGUAAGCAUUUGUAUGAGUGUUUGGUUUUGGUGCAAAAGCUGUUUUCUACUUUUUGUAGUGUUUCUUUUAAAUAAAAGAGCGGAUAUAACAA